AUGUCCUUAACGCUACUAGGGAAAGCGCCGGCAGAGUCAGGUACUGUCCCAAUAGCUGUAAGUACAGAUACUGUGAUUGUCGGCUCUGUGGGUGAGAUCGAUCUAUUUGAGAAGUAUUCGGCUUCUCCGGCAACAGCACAGUCCAUUCGUCCUGAAGUGCAUGAGCUAUCUCUUCUGACAACCAACGACUCUACCCGUAAAAAACCCUUGCUUCUGCACCCGUCGAAACUAGAUCUUAUAGAUCAUACUACGUUGACAUCGCUACCGCUACCUCCACCACCAGCGAGAUCAAAGCUAAAAAGAGGAUUACUUGGUCCUCUGGCGCCCACAACGGCGUCAAAGCAGCAAAAACAAGAAAAUCAAAACCCAUCUUGUCUUGACACUUGCAUCACGAGCAGAAACGACAAUGCUCAGGAAAACGAAAAUGACUACACUUACGACAUAACAGACAUGACAAUUACAUCCGAAUACAUUGAUGAGACGUUUGAGGAAUCUGGAGAUCUUAUCGUCUUGGUCGAAGACUACUUGGCAUCCUACAGCUCAAAAGAUCAGAUCGAGAGAAAGAAAUCAUUGCACACGUUCAAAAAACGUCUUCACAGCGAUUUGGGAUCCGAAAAUUCCGUUGAAACAUCUACGAGAAAUGUUUCUGGAGAUCUGAUAGAUACGAUGCCUGUUCAAGAAGACUUGGAAGCCAUCUUUGGUAAAAUUCCAGGUACAGACCGACUCAAACAUUGCAGUCUAUGUGAUCGCCCUCUUUACGAAAUAAGCUCAAUCAUUGGUAGCUGUGAAGCAGCUCCAAGGGGACGUCUACCAGGGUCACAAAUGUGCAAUGAAUUCGUCUGUUGGGAUUGUGUCGACAUCUACGAGCAGUUCCUAGCAGAAUUUUGCGAGGAUCAGCCUCUUGCCUGUAGUGAAAAAGAGAGAUCAGAGACUUCAAGAAGACUUCACAAUAUAUUCUCCAGCAUUAGAGAAACGUAUGAUUCUACGUCAAGCCCUUCUGCGAAAGAAUUUUCCUUAGACUUGAAGCAGAGGCUUCAUCAUUUGAAUGAGAUUGCUCAUGAAGGGGAAUACGAACCUGAAUGGCUCAAGGUUCUCAAACAAAAGCUCAGGUGGAGAUGGAGAAUCAAUGGUCUCUUACCUAACCUUCUAUGUUCGGACCGUCUGGUCAAGGAGGCCUAG